UCGGGAUCUAUCUUCAAGAUCACUUCAAACUAUGUGACACUGGCCCUGUUCUCUGGAGGGAUUCUAGUGCACCUGUUUUCUUUAAUGAAUAGCCGCAAACUGUAUGGCGUGCUCAACAGAGUCGUCAGGUUGGAAGCCUUCGUGGUAGCAGAGGUGCGGUUUCCACAAAAACGUGUUUUCUGGUUCAGCAUGCUCGAGCUGUUUUUGGCCAUAAUCCUCCCAGUCAUCUUGAACAUAAUUGUGGCGUUGAACCCGAGGCUCUUCGAAGACCUGCCUGCAUCAAACCUUACUCUCACAGACUGCUACUACUUCAGUGUAAUGUUCAUUAUGCAGCUGCAGUUCAUAAAUCUGGUGCUUAAGCUAUACGAGAGCUACUCCUCCAUUAAUUUCGUGCUAGAAAUGCUCAGGAGGAGAGGGGGACAACCCUACAUACCAAUUUUAGAUACGGAGCAAAUGCAAGCUGCUCGUGGGAAGCAUCCUCUUCACGACCCUGCGGGCACUGUCCGCCAGCUACGCAAACUUCACUGCACUCUUUGCGACCUGCUGGAGACACUCAACUCUACCUACUCAAUCCAAAUACUCGUAUGUGCCACCCAGCAUUUUAUCGGUAUAACAUUUAAUAUUUACUCAAUCGUAGUGCACACCAUCGGUGACCAGGAGAACGUGGCAGCGAACCUUGCUUGGAAUGUGACUACAUCGUUCUGGCUCGUCUGUGAUUCGCUCAUCAUCCUUGGGGUUGCUUCGUCAUGCUGUAUCACAGCACAACAGGCAAAUUCAACGAGCAGCAUCGUGCAUAAGCUACUAAAUGAAGAAUGUGAAGUCAGGACAAAAGAAGAGUUACAGCUAUUCUCAAUGCAGCUACUCCACAGAAGAAUUCAGUUCACCGCCUGCGGUUUCUUCGACCUAGACUACACGUUCAUCCACUCGAUUGUGGGAGCUGUUACAACUUAUCUUGUGAUUCUCAUAGAGUUCCAAUUAACUUAUGGCAAGAUGGAUACGAAAAACAUGGCAACAUCAGCACCCAAAAGACGCAAUUGAAACAGCAACCAUCUGCGACCGCAAAGGAACACCACGACAAAUGUGAUUCAGUGCUACAGAAUCUAGUGUCUUAAGUCAUCUAAAAUAUAUUGAACACAUUAAAUAACAUAUAAUAAUUUA